AUGGCGUCCUCUUCACGGUCGUCAGCGCCCCGCAUCAAGAACCGUGCGCCGGCGCCUAUCCAGAUCUCGGCGGAGCAGAUCCUACGAGAGGCACAUGAGAGACAGGAGCAGCCCCUUCCUCAGACGAAGACUCGCGUCGAGGAUUAUGAGGAGCUCGAAGAGUACAGAGGCAGGAAGAGAAAGGACUUUGAGGAGCAGAUCAGGAGAACGAGGGGCAAUAUUACAACAUGGAUCCGCUAUGCAGUCUGGGAAGCAUCGCAGGGUGAGCUCCCACGCUCGCGCUCCGUCUUCGAGCGAGCCCUGGAUGUCGACCCUUCCAAUACCAACAUAUGGGUCCGCUACACCGAGACGGAGCUCAAGAAUCGCAACAUCCAGCAUGCCCGCAACCUCUACGACCGUGCCGUAUCGAUUCUUCCGCGCGUUGACGCCCUCUGGUACAAGUACGUCCAAUUGGAAGAGCUGCUCGGCAACGUCGACGGAGCUCGUCAGGUGUUCGAGCGUUGGAUGUCUUGGCAACCGGAUGAAAAGGCUUGGGCAGCUUACGUCGGCUUGGAGGUCAGAUACAAGGAGAUGGAGCGGGCGAGCGCUGUCUGGGAGCGAAGCGUUACCUGCCAUCCCGAUCCGCGGCAGUGGAUCAAAUGGUCCAAGUUCGAAGAGGACCGCGGCGCAUACGACGAGGCCAGACGAGUCUUUACUAUGGCUCUGGAGUUCUUUGGCGAGGAUGAGGACAGGAUGGAGAAGGCGCAGACGGUAUAUACGGCCUUUGCCAAGAUGGAGACAAGACUGAAGGAGUACGAUCGGGCGAGGGUCAUCUACAAGUACGCACUGGAGAAGUUGCCACGCAGCAAGAGCGCAGGUAUCUACUCGUCGUAUACGCGAUUUGAGAAGCAAUUUGGGUCGCGAGAAGGCGUGGAGGAUACCGUCUUGGGGAAGCGCCGUAUACAGUACGAGGAGGACGUGGCUGCAAGUGGGAGCAACUAUGAUGCAUGGUUCGACUACACACGGCUAGAGGAGGAUGCCUAUCAUGCUCUACUGUCAUCUGGGGUGGCAGUAGACUCAAAGGAAGCCACACAAGCAAAGGCUCGCGUCCGCGACGUCUACGAACGGGCAGUGAGCAACAUCCCGCCAUCGAAAGAGAAGCGGCACUGGCGGCGCUACAUCUUCCUCUGGCUCUCCUAUGCCUUGUUCGAGGAGCUCGACGCGCAAGACUUUGACAGGUGUAGGCAAGUGUACAAGGCCGCGCUCGAGCUCGUACCACACCGCAGCUUCACCUUCGCCAAGCUCUGGCUACAGUACGCCAACUUUGAGGUUCGCCGGCUUGACCUCACUGCAGCACGCAAAGCAUUAGGCGCCUCCAUCGGCAUGUGUCCCAAGGAGCGGCUCUUUCGUGGAUAUGUGGACCUCGAGCUCUCCCUCAAGGAAUUUGACCGAGCCCGCACGAUUUACGAACGCUCUCUAGACUGGGACCCCACCAAUCCGCGCCUCUGGGUCCGCUUUGCAGAGUUGGAGCGCGAUCUAUUCGACGAGGAGCGAGCGCGCGCCAUCUUUGAGCUGGGCACGCAGCAGGGGGCCAUGGAGAUGCCCGAGGUGCUGUGGAAGGCUUUCAUCGACUUUGAGUUCGCGGAGAGGCAGUGGGAGAGGGUGGAUGGUCUGUAUGAGCGCUUGGUGGCGAAGACGGGGCAUGUCAAGGUGUGGGUCAGCUGGGCGCUGAGUAAGAUGCAGAGGGCAAUUGCGGCGGAGGAAGAUGAGGAUGAGGGUGAUGACGACGACGACGAGGAGGGAGCUGAGAAGGCGCACACGGAGCUCACGCCUGAGCAGCAGGCAGCUCGUCAAGAGAGACGUGCCGCUUGCGCUGCCGCGGCUCGCGAAGUCUUCCUGCGCGGAUACAAGGAGCUGCAGUCGCGCAAGCUCAAAGAGGAGCGUGUCGUCCUGCUCGAAUCCUGGAAAACCUUCGAAGCGCAACAUGGCUCAACAGAAGAGCAUCAGAGCGUUCAGGCGAGGAUGCCACGCGUUGUCAAGAAGAGAAGGGCCGUACCUGGUGGUGACGGCACGGAGAUGGAAGAGUAUUACGACUUGCUCUUCCCUGACGACGAUGAUGAUGAGGGUAGAGCGAAGCAAUCGUUCAAGCUGUUGGCUAUGGCGCAUGCUUGGAGGCAGCAGCAGCAGCAACAGCAGGCGCAAGCAGAAGAGACAAAGGGAUCACCGGCUGCUGCAGCGGAAGAAAUCGCGGGAGCGGUGGAUGGUGGCGCGUCAGACGGAGAAUUGCAAGAGUCUGCUGUCAUGGCAGAGGACAUGGAGCAAGAUGGCGGCGAGGAGUAG